AUGGCAGAAACGCAUAUAUGGCAAAAACGCAAAUAUGGGAAAACGCAAAUAUGGAAAAAAACGCAAAUAUGGGAAAAACGCAAAUACGGGAAAGACGCAAAUAUGGGAAAAACACAAAUAUGGGAAAAACGCACAUAUGGCAAAAACGCAAAUAUGGCAAAAACGCAAAUAUGGCAAAAACGCAAAUAUGGAAAAAACGCAAAUAUGGAAAUAUAUGAGAAACGCAAAUAUGGGAAAAAAGCAAAUAUGGGAAAAACGCAAAUAAUGGAAAUACGCAAAUAUGGGAAAAACACAAAUAUGGGAAAAACGCAAAUAUGGGAAAGACGCAAAUAUGGGAAAAACGCAAAUAUGGGAAAAACGCAAAUAUGGGAAAAAUGCAAAUAUGGGAGAAGAUUAACUUGUGGAAAAACGCAAAUAUGGGAAAAACGCAAAUAUGGGAAAAAAACGAAUAUGGGAAAAACGCAAAUAUGGGAAAAACGCAAAUAUGGGAAAAACGCAAAUAUGGGAAGAACACAAAUAUUGGAAAAACGCAAAUAUGGGAAAAACGCAAAUAUGGGAAAAACGCAAAUAUGGGAAAAACGCAAAUAUGGGUAA